AUGGUAGUUUUAAUUAAAUUCAAAUUUUAUUUAAUUAAAAAAUUUAAAUAUUCAAGGGCUUCCCCAGUGGCUCAGACAGUAAAGCAUCUGCCUGCAGCGCAGGAGACCCCAGUUCGAUCCCUGGGUCGGGAAGAUUCCCUGGAGAGUGAAAUGGCAACCCACUCCAGUAUUCUUGACUGGAGAAUUCCAUGGACAGUGGAGCCUGGCGGGCUGCAGUCCAUGGGAUCACAGAGUCGCACACACCUGGGCGACUCACACACACUAGGUGAGCUACCCUGGUUGUAUUUAAUGCUCUCUCACUGA